UGCUCGAGAAUCGCCAUCGGGUUUUUGUUAGCGCAGUAACCCGUUCGUCCCCACGGCGGGCGCACAAAGUGGGCCCACUGCUCCUCGCCGCCGGGGACAAAAACCCUGAUUUCAUGUUUUUCCCGGGAAGCGCCUGGAAAAAGGAAAAGCUCACGCCUUCGGUAGGAUAUUUUGGGAAGCAGCGGACCUGACUCGUCGGCUGGAAAUACGCAAUACGAGAAAAGGCGAAACCCGCAGAUUUUCUCCAUCACCCUUUCACAGAAGACAUUAUUUUAAGAAGAUGGGGGGAAACGCCGCAUCCCUGUCGAAGGGCGUCACUGAUUUUUAAAUCCGGAGAAACAUGCUGCCUCCAGCCCCGGGGCAGGCAGUGAAAGAAGAGCGUGCCAGUGAAAGCAUCUCUCAACUGAAACAUGCCUUGACAAAAGGUGCUGGCACUGGAUUUGACCAGUCCUCAGUGGAUGAGGACAGUGACAAUGCAGACAGGGCCAGUGACGACUGUGGGACUGCAGCCAGUCAGGAACUCCAGCACAGUCAUGCAGUUAACCAGCUUAAAAUUUUGUUGCAACACCAAGAAAGAAUGGAAAGCGAAGAGUCUCCCUCAAGAAGGAAAAAUUCAUUCCAUAAGCCCCCAGAAGCUGUGCCUGCAGACCUACCAGCCCUUUUCGAUCUUGUUCCUAUAAUCUCUGAUCAGUCACAGUACAUUAAACAUUUGGAAGCAGAAGUGAAGUUUUACAAGGAGGAGUUGUGUGGUGUAAAAGAUCAAGAACAGGCAGUUUUACUUGAAAAUGAGGAACUCCAUCAGAAGCUGAAAUUCUUAACUGCAGAAUACAUGUUGAGAGAACAAACUCAUCUUGAUGCCUCGGCAAAUACUCAGAAAUCCUGGCCUGUAGGUGGUAAAGGCUGUAGCACCCACCAGCCUGUCACCUCCUCACUGGCACAAAACAAAGAUCAGGCUUUUGUGGCACCAGCUUCUGGAGACAAAGCCAGAUGGCCUGUAGAACUGGAGAAUCUAAAACUUCUUUAUCAAGAAAAAGUCAAUAUCCUUGAUGAUCAAAUACAGUCUCUAAGAAAAGACCUUUCAGAAUCUCAGAAGACAUGCAAAGAUUUGGAAGGAAGGCUGAAACACCAGAAGUCCCUGUUUGCAGCCAGGAAUUCUGGCCAGGUUGGUGGUCUGUGCCUGAACUGUGCCCAGCACGAGGCCAUUCUCGCACAGACUCACUGCAAUGUGCACGUGCAGACCAUCGAGAGGCUGACGAGAGAAAGAGAUGACUUGAUGGAUGCACUUGUUUCAGUGAGACAAAGCAUAAAAGAGAUGCAGCAAAGAGAAUCUAAUGCUUGUAAGCAAGUUGAACAUGCUGUGCAAAUGGCAGAAGAGGCCAAUUUUGAAAAAACAAAGGCUCUCAUCCACUGUGAACAACUGAAAAGUGAGAUGGAACGCCAGAAGAAUUAUCUUGAAAAGGAGUUGGCUGCCCAGCUAAAUAAGAGGGCUGAUGAAAAAGAAGCACUGUGGCGGGAAAUGAAGAAGGAAAGGGAGGACUUGGCAGCAAUGGUGACAGGUUUGUCUAAGGAUGUGGCUGUUUUGGAGGCCCAAAUAGAGAGAAUUACAAGGGAAAAGAAUUCUCUAGCUAGCCAGUUAGAAGAAUCACAGUGCCAGCUUGCAUCUCAUGAGAUGGAGAUGAAUAAGGUGUGUGGAGAAAUGCGCUAUCAGUUGAAUCAAACCAAAAUGAAGAAGGAUGAGGCAGAAAAGGAGCUCAGAGAGUACAGAACAAAAACUAUAAGGGAGCUUGAAAUUAAGGACCAGAAAAUAGAAAAACUGGGAUUAGAGCUCAAUGGGAACAAACAGCGUUUGGAACAAGCCCAGCAGGAUGUGACAGAAGCCAGAGAGGAGUGCCUAAAACUGACAGAACUGCUGAGUAAAUCUGAGCACCAACUGCACCUCACCAGAUUGGAGAAAGAGAACAUUCAGCACAGCGUUAGCAAUGAAGCAAAGGCCCGAGCCCUUCAGGCCCAGCAAAGAGAGCAGGAGCUGACACAGAAGAUGCAGCAAAUGGAGGCCCAGCAUGAGAAAACUGUAGAAGAAUUGGAUUCAUUGCUGACCUCCCAGAAUACAUUCAUAGCAAAAUUAAAGGAAGAAUGUUUUGUAUUGGCAAAGAAGUUGGAACAAAUGUCAGAAAAAUACAGAUCUGAAGUCAACCAGCUUAGUCAGGAAAAAGAGUAUCUUCAUGGCAGAUUGGAGAAGAUGCAGAAACGGAAUGAUGAAUUGGACCAACAAUGUAUCCAGCAUGGGAGAAUGCAUGAGAGAAUGAAGUCAAGGUUACAGCAGCUUGACAAGCACUGCCAGGCCACUGCCCAGCAGUUAGUGGAGUUGCUCAACAAACAGAAUCAGCUCUUCAAAGAGAAGCACCUGCUUACAGAAGAGGUGCAGUUUCUGAGAACACAGGGAAAAAAAUGGGAUGCAGAUCUCAAACAGGACACAGAUGGAAUGAAGUAAAAACCUGGAUGAAUAAAGAGAAAUGAGCAGAAGUCUGCUCUGCACCUGGCUGAAACGUGUCUGAGGCUCACCCAAAGACACCUCUGCAGAAAACAGGCACACUUGCUAGCUAAUUUCAGCUGGUUUCUAUUUGGUUUUAACUACAGAAUCACAAAUAUUUUGAAGCCUUACCA